AUGGCACAGAGCAGCGUCUCCUCGCCAGCACGGCACAAGCCGCGGUCUGCCAAUGCAGGGUCGAGACAGACUUCACUUCCGCCUUCGAAGCGGCCGAAGAAGCUCCUGGCUUGGGCGACUGUGUUCCUUGUGCUAGCGCUGGUGUAUUCCGCUUUGGAUCGGGUGGUGUCGCGCUUCUACGUCUUUGACCCAGUAGCCGUGCACGCCAUCACCAAGAAGGCCGUUGCCGCAGGGCACAAUUCCACCCGUGCUCUAAUGGAUGACAUUGUCACCCAGCUCAAGCUCGACCCCAAAGCCGGUCCAACAAUGAAUGCCCAUUCAAUCGGCGAAGAGGACGAGUGGAUGUUUAACAAUGCCGGUGGGGCUAUGGGAUCCAUGUUCAUUCUGCACGCCUCCAUCACCGAGUAUCUCAUCUUCUUUGGAACACCAGUAGGGACAGAGGGACACACUGGACGACAUACCGCCGAUGACUAUUUCCAUAUCCUCACCGGAACACAGUAUGCCGCUCUACCCUCGUCCCUCGAGCGGGAAGUGUACGGUCCGGGAUCGGUGCAUCAUCUGAAGAGGGGUACAAAGAAGCAGUACAUGAUGCCUGAAGACGGGUGUUGGGCCCUGGAGCUAGCGCAGGGAUGGAUCCCACCCAUGCUCCCCUUUGGACUCGCGGAUACACUCUUCUCCACCCUGGACUUUGGAACGUUUGGCACCACGGUCUGGAUUACGGCUAGGGAGAUGGUGGGAAACCUGAUGAGGGGCAAAUUCUGA